GCUUGUUUACUCUUUGUGUUGGUUCUGUCACACAAAGUUUCAUCCUCACGAGCUGAAAGUCAUUUUCUUCUCAUCCACAGACGUGACAGUGCUUUCAGUCACCAUGAGGAGCUCGCUGCUGCUGUGCCUGGCCUUCAGCUUGGCCAUGUUUGGAUUUGGUGAUUCUCUGCAGUGUUACUCCUGCCCUGAUGGCUCCUCCAACAACUGUGAAGCCAAGCAGGACUGUAACCAGAGUGAAGACAGCUGCCUCAAACUCACCAGUACCGGAAAGACCUUCACCACAUGUAUCAGGAACGCAGACUGUGACUUCAUGACUCUGGCCGUCAGAUUCUCCGAACCAGACUUCACCUUCUCCUGCUGCCAGUCGGCCCUCUGCAAUGGCCAAGAAAAAAGUGCAUUUCAGAAAUUUAAAGAUUUGUUUGGUUAAGAAAUGACAGAAAAAAGAAAAACAAAUGAAUAAAGUUGUGAGUCUUGAUUUCUAUUGUGAUAAGAACCAAAUAACCAUAGUCCAAUUUUGAGGGACCUUCACAAGGGUGUGUCUCCUGCCUCACCUCUCCCCUUUUUAUCAUUGUACUCCUGUGUUUGAGAGUUAACCUGCUAGUUAAAGCGUAAUUUGCCCUUUUAUUUGUGUUAUCAAUUCAUGUAGGGACUCCAUAUGUAAAAUAUUGACUGGUUCUUUGGCUUGUUUUGGCAGAAUAAACAGAGAUCACCUCCAGAAA